AUGAGUGGCCCAACCUUGACUGCUGCGGUUUUACCAACCGUGAAGCCCGAACAGUCAUUUCAGUCUCCCAGCCAUUCUCAUUCUCAUUCGCAUUCCACUACAGAAGUCUAUCAAGCCCAAUCCCCUCCAGCUGCCUCUUCAAACAACCGAUCCUCAAGCACCAAUAGACCCCCUGGCCAACCUGACCAACCUGUUUUCGAUGUACCGACUUUCGAUUUUGGCACAGAUUUCGAUCCGACUUUGUCCUUUCCGAAUCAGCUCUUAAGCAAUAGUACCAAUGAGAAACCCACGAUCGCUCCCAUUGAAGAAAUUAUGGUUAGUCCUGAGCCCAGGACAGGCAGAGUGGAGAAAUGGAAGCCGUCGACGAAUGGAUUACAAAUUACACCCGAUUGCGAAGAGGUCGCAGAGAAAGGGCCUAGUGAGGACCGAAUCCCCGGUAACUCUAGGUUCCUGAGCCCAAAUCCACAGGAAACGCAUAGGAGUGUAUCCGAAUCGCUAGCAUCGUUUGCUAAACGCCCAUGGAUGUCUGGGUCGCGGUCACCCUCGCCCAACGACAAGAAAAAGGAAAGGAAGGAGGAAAAGAACGAAGAGACGGAAGAAAUAUUCAAUGGUCGGCUUGGUCGUGAACGGUCUGCUAGCAAUAGUUCGAUUAUGAAGCUUAAGAGGUCUUCGCGGAAGCGCCCGGCAUCACCUGCCAGUAGUGAUGGAGGCAAGUCAACCGACUCACGCAGUAAAUUCGGCUCAUACCUUAAUCGGAUCAAGCAACGGCAACCAGGUAUGCUGUCAAGGGGGAAGUCUCAUACUGAUAAUGACAGCCUCACCUCCUCAACGGCCAGUAUUGCGCCUCCAUCCACAGAGACCCGUCAGUCACAUAACUCGGAGACGAGUAAUAGUACAGCCCCAGAUGAUGGCUUGGUCAUGAAAUCGACCCGACCUCGGGAUCCUCUUUGGUCGGCAUUCAAGGAGUUAGACAACGAUUACCAUAAGCUCCAGACGCAUGCAAAACCCAACCAUACCAACACUGCCAGUACAAAGAUGGAGAUUAUUCGAAAAGUGUUGAUGCGUUUCUUGGGGAACUAUGCGAAUCAUUCAUCGAAUAAAAAACUGCAUCACGAAGAUCUAGAGCGGAGAGCUACAAUUUUAGACAAAUGGUGGAAAGGGCUUCUUGAGCUACUCGAAGGGAAGAAUCAACAAGCCGUUACCGGAGCUGAUAGACCUGACUUACUUGAUGCUACGGCAUCUAUUAUGAUGCGGCCAGAAUGGCGGCAGUGCAAUGCUAGCUUCUGUCCACUGUCAGAUCGAAGCUCCACAGAACAGUUCGAAAACCGAGCCCGAGCUACCUCUAACACAUCUUCCUCCUCAGUCGAUUCCACGGAUUCUGCUUUCCUUGCUGAAUCUGCAAGACAUAAUGUAGAAGUUAUGUUCAUCACGAAUUUAGUGUCGCAAAUGGCCAUUGUGGUGGACAAGCUAUCGCUUCGACAUGCUCCAUUAAGUCUCGUCAAUUUUGCGGGCAAAGUUUUCGCCUAUGCCUUUUUCUUUGCGCCGGGUAUUGCGGACGUGCUUGUCCGGCUGUGGUCUUUGAAUUCUGAUCUGAUACGCCGCGUUGCAGACGAGUUUGGCUUGCCCCGAGAUGGUCGAGGCGACAACGAUAGCAUCGCAGCAUUUUUCCCUCCGGCUGUUAGCGAAGUCCGUUGGUCCUCCGUUAAGACUUUGUCCAGUUCGCUCAAACGACCUGCAAAGUUGCCGGUAAUGGCAGCUCAUAUUUCCUGGAGGGGACCGUGGGUUUCUAGAUGGGCAGGACGCGACACAGAUUUAUUCUUCAUAUUUUGCAAGUAUUAUUACAUGCUGGCUGAAGAAUUUAUGCCACCCAGUCUACCACUUGUCCAGAAAGCCUGUGCGCCGGGGUUUGUCCUGGUGAAUGCCCAGAUACUGUCUAUUCUGGACUCCACUAUACAUCGUCAGGCGGCCGUUGAGGCGAUGUUGGGGCCCCCUCUCUCAGAUACGGCUCACGGUGCCGAUGCCUCAGCCAUGGCUUUGCCAGCUGCACCAAAUAAUAAUAUCAUGAAGGGGAUGAAUGAAAACCGACUUAUACUUCUCUUGAAAGACUUCCUAUCUAGUGCCUCGGUGCUUUUCGCAGGUGCACGACACACGUUUGCCGAAUCAUUCAUGGCUAUCAUGAAAGCUGCCGCUAAGCGGACUUCGCAAUUUGAUCACAAUGCUUGUUUCACUAUUUGCGACUUUCUGCAAGAAGCGCUGGUGACUUACAAUAACUUUGUUUGUGUCCAAACUCCCGACUUCACCUACGUCGAUUGGCCCUUCUGGAUCGAGGUCUGCAAGAGAAUAUUGGACUCAAAUCACACAAUGUCCGAGAUUCGAGUUAUCUCAUUCAUCUUCUCGAUCUGGGAGACCAUCGAAGACAACCCGUUACGUAAGGAGAUCGUGUGUCUAGAUUGGCUCCUUCAAGAGGAAGUGUUCAACAAGUUUUUUACCAAUUGGUGUCCCAUGGUUAGAGCUUACUAUAUGCGAUUGCUCUGCUGGAGACUUUGUAGAGACGCUGGCAAUGCAGACGACACAGACGCCAAAAUUUUCCUCGUCGUUUACUCGCGCCUCAAAACUGUAUGGUCGCAUUAUCUUUGGCUGAAGCAGGUUGCCGAGCAGCAGGGGAAGUGUCUACCAUCAACCGCGCCGUCUUUUCCUGCCCCCGGGAAACGAUUCAUGAUUAUUCGUAGCGAAAUGCCUAGUGUACAACCUGGACUAAUGGUUGGUUUUGACUCUUCUGCUCCAUCGCCGCAGACCGAACCACAGCCUAACCCGGCAACUCACUUUGAAUCCAUGGACUCCAUCGACUUCGACAUCGAGCCGAGCGUCCCAAAGAAGAGAAGUAGCAUUCUAGGUAAAAUAUUCUCAUUUGCCAAUAAUUCUUCUGCCAACGACGAUCUAGAAUCUGUGAGGCGUGAGACUGCGAUUUCGCGUAGUCGAACAUUGCUGCUUUCCAAAAGUUCUGCAAGCGUUAGCCCGCCUGCGUCUGACUCGGACAGCAUAGGCUCAUCUCCCAUUUACGAAGAUAUGCGAUCCAUUUUCAAGUUCACGCUAUCAUGGAACUCUACUGGCACCAUGUCUCCCCCCAACCGUAUCCUUACCCGCCCGCGGCUACCAAGCCCUGCACAAUCAUGUGUUGCUGCAAAAGGUGCCGCUGGCAGUUCACCGCCGCAUGCUCCUGAUCGUCCAGCUCCAACCCGGGCGGUGUCUGGAAGUCCCAAUCCUGGGUUAGUUGAUUCCGCGAGGAAUGCCGAUCCGUCUGGAGUACCUUCGUCACCCUCGUCAGCUCAGGGCAUUUCCGCAACGUUUGACCGGCGACAGAGUUUCAGUCAGAUGAGUCCUAUUGGAAGGAGUAGUGAUGAUCUACCACUUCAUAGUCCUAUAAGCCAAUCUAGUCAAAGCCAAGACGAUGCAUCCUUUUGCAGCCGGCCCUCGGUUGCUCCGACGCAAGAACCCAUUAUCACACCGGUUGAACCAAAAGGUGUCUAUGCUAAGGGUGCCAAGUAUGCUGGUCGGGCUUUAGCUGAAUGGAGUCUCGUCGUUGCCGAAUGUAACAGCUUCGUUGAUCGAAGGCGAAGCGAGGGUGUUCCUGGAUUGAGCGAAGUGGAAGUACCGGCUCUCGAAAUGGAUGGUUUCAGAAAGAUAGGUUGA